AUGACCCUGCAAGGCCUGGCUCCUCUGCGGGCCUUCAACGUGGACGUGAGCCGGACCUGGGUGACCCCUGAGUCAGGCGGGCCUUACGUGCUCAGCUCUCUUUUGCACCGAGACCCCAGCAGCAACCAGACCUGGCUCCUGGUCACCAGCGCUAGAACCAAUAGGACAGCAGGGCCCCUGCAUCAGUGUUCCCUUGCCCAGGAGGAGAUCCUUUGCCAACCUGUAGAGCAUGUCCCCAUCCCAAAGGGGAGACACCGGGGAGUGACAGUUGUCCAGAACCACCAUGGUGUUUUGGUCUGCAUUCAACUGGUGGCCCGGCGCCCCCACAGCCUCAGCUCAGAGCUCACAGGCACCUGCAGCCUGCUGGCCUCCAACCUCAGUUGCCAGGCUCUGGUCUCUUUCAACGACGUUGAAAAUCUCCUGGAUCCCAAGGCGCAUGUGGAUGCUGGUGACUGCUACGGGAACAAAAACGGCAGCACGGGGAGCACUGCCAGGCAGCGCCGGUCUCUGAAGGCGAAGGAGGAAGCAGAGGAGGAGGAGGGAGCGGGCACCGAGAUCGCCAUCCUCCUGGAUGGCUCAGGAAGCAUUGAUCCCCCAGACUUCCAGAGAGCCAAAGACUUCAUCUCUAACAUGAUGAGGAACAUCUACGAGAAGUGCUUUGAGUGCAGCUUUGCCCUGGUGCAGUACGGAGGAGUGAUCCAGACUGAGUUUGACCUUCAAUACAGCCAGGAUGUCAUGGCCUCCCUCAGCAAAGUCCAGAACAUCACACAAGUGAAGAGUGUCACCAAGACAGCCUCUGCCAUGCAGCAUGUCCUAGACAACAUCUUCUCACCAAGCCACGGCUCUAGAAAAGAGGCAUCCAAGGUCAUGGUGGUGCUCACUGAUGGGGACAUAUUCGAGGACCCCCUCAACCUCACGACUGUCAUCAACUCCCCGAAGAUGCAAGGUGUUCAGCGCUUUGCCAUUGGGGUGGGAGAUGCAUUUAAAAAGAAGAAGACUGAAGAUGAACUGAAGCUGAUCGCCUCGGACCCCAAGGAGACCCAUGCCUUCAAGGUGACCAAUUACGCGGCACUGGAUGGGCUGCUGAGCCAAUUGCAACAAAGAAUCAUUCGCAUAGAAGGCACGGUCGGAGAAGCCCUCCACUUCGAGCUGGCACAGAUCGGGUUCAGCGCCCAGAUCCUGGAUGAGGGGCAGGUGCUGCUCGGUGCUGUCGGGGCCUUCGACUGGUCUGGGGGCGUAUUGCUCUAUGACAUGUACAGCCGCCGCCACCCCCGGGGCCACUUCUUGAACCAGACGGUGGUGGAUACCAAGGCAGAAAAGCACAGCUACUUGGGAUACUCGGUGGCCGUGCUGCACAAGGUCCGUGGCCUCUCCUACGUGGCGGGGGCUCCCCGGCACAAGCAGCGAGGUGCCGUGUUUGAGCUGCAGAAGGAGAGCAGAGGGACCAACUUCAUGCCAGUGCUGGAGGGAGAGCAGAUGGGGUCCUAUUUUGGCUCUGAGCUGUGUCCCAUGGACAUCAACAUGGAUGGAACCACGGACUUCUUGUUGGUGGCUGCUCCGUUUUACCACGUUCACGGACAGGAAGGCCGAGUCUACGUGUACCGUCUGAAUGGGCAGGACGGUUCCUUCUCCUUGGCCCGCACGCUGAGUGGGCAGCCUGGGUUCACUGACGCUCGAUUUGGCUUCGCCAUGGCCACAGUGGGGGACAUCAGUGAGGACAGUCUCACAGAUGUGGCCAUCGGGGCUCCCCUGGAGGGCCUGGGGGCAGAUGAUGGCACCAGCUUCGGCAGUGUGUAUAUUUACAACGGACGCAGGGAUGGCCUCUCGACCAGCCCCUCGCAGCGCAUCAGAGCCUCAGAGGUGGCCCCAGGACUCCGCUACUUUGGCACAUCCGUGGAUGGUGGCUUAGAUUUGGAUGGCAAUGGCCUUGAUGACAUCACUGUGGGCGCAAUUGGUCGCGCCACUGUGCUCCGCUCAAGACCUGUGCUUCGCCUGAAGGUGUCCAUGACCUUCACCCCCAAGGCACUGCCCAUUGGCUUCAACAGCAGUGUGAAUGUGUUCUUGUGUUUUGAAAUCAGCUCUGUGACCGCAGCUGCCAAGUCAGGCCUCAGGGAGACAUUUCUGAAUUUCACGCUGGACGUGGAUGUGCUGAAGCAGAGGAAGAGGCUACAGUGUUCGGACAGGAGAAGUUGUCAGAACCACCUUCAGGAGUGGAGCGGCGGGUCCCGUCUCUGUGAGCCCCGCGUGCUCAUCCCCAUGGAGGGAGAGCUCUGUGAAGAGGACUGCUUCUCCAACAUUAGUGUCAAAGUCAGCUACCAACUCCAGACCUCCAAGGGCCAGAGGGACCACCCCCACCCUGUCCUGGACAUCUACAGAGAGCCCUCUGCCGUCUUCCAGCUGCCCUAUGAGAAGGCCUGCAAGAAUAAGCUGUUUUGUGUUGCUGAGUUACAGCUGGCCACCACCACCUCUCAGAAGGAAUUGGUGAUAGGUGUCACAAAGGAGCUGACGAUGAACAUUAGCCUAACUAACUCUGGGGAAGAUUCCUACAUGACAAGCAUGGCUUUGAAUUACCCCAGAAACUUACAGUUUAAGAGGAUACAAAAGCCUCCUUCCCCAAACAUUCAUUGUGAUGACCCUAAGGCAGCUGCUUCUGUCCUGGUCAUGAACUGCAAGAUUGGUCACCCCAUUCUCAAGAGGUCAUCUGCGAACUUUUCAGUAGUUUGGCAGCUAGAGGAGCGCACCUUUCCAAACAGGACAGCUGACAUCACCGUGACAGUCACAAAUGCCAAUGAAAGAAGGUCUUUGGUUAGAGAGACCCACAGGCUUCAGUUCCGGCAUGCCUUCAUUGCAGUUCUGCCCAAACCAUCAGUGAUGUACAUGAACACAAGCCAGGGGCUUUCUGACUACAAGGAACUCUCCUUCAAUAUCCAUGGGGAAAAUUUCUUUGGAGCUGAAUUCCAGCUGCAAAUCUGUGUUCCAAUCAAAUUACAAGGGCUCCAGGUUAUAACAGUGAAGAAUCUGAAAAAGACUCAGGCUCGCACCGUGUGCACCCAGAGUCAGGAGCACGCUUGUGGGAGCGAUCCGAUUCAGCGCGUGGAGGAGUGGCAUUCCGUGAGCUGCGCCAUCGCGUCGGAUAAAGAAAAUGUAACGGUGGCCGUCGAGCUCUCCGUGAGCCCAUCCAAGCAGUUCCUAAGAGAUGUGACUGAACUGCAGAUCCUUGGUGAAAUUUCUUUUGACAAAUCUCUAUAUGAGGGGCUGAAUGCAGAGAACCACAGAACUAAGAUCACUGUCAUCUUCCUGAGAGAGGAGGACCUGCCUUUGCCUCUCAUCAUUGGAAGCAGUGUUGCUGGCCUUCUGGUUUUGGUUGUGAUUAUAAUCAUCCUAUUCAAGUGUGGCUUUUUUAAAAGAAAAUACCGAGAACUGAACUUGGACAGCAUAAGGAAGGCCCAGCUGAAAUCAGAGAACCUGCUCAUGGAAAGUGAGGACCAGCUCGCUCAUCCUUUGGGGGAGAGUAUCAGCAAGUCCUCCAACUCCUAGAGACUUGGUCUCAUAUUGGUGACUUGUUCCUUUAGGAUGAUCCAGGGCAGAAUCUAAGAAAUUGUCUGUAGAAUAUUGUUUUUUAAUAAUACAUUGUUCUAAAAGUGUCUGUGCAUUGUGCAAAAAAUAAACUUGGGAAAGAUUUGAUAUUAAA